GAGGGGCUCCGCUUUGUUUUGUUGGUUAACCCGAACAAGGGACCUUUCCCCACCUUACCUUAGUGAGGCAAGCAUACUAAGUGUCUGUGAUUGGCCAGCUUACACACACCACCUGGUUGGCGGAAACACCGAUAUUCCCUGACUCACAACAUCUUCGAGUUAGGAUAAGCCCAGCUAACAAUCCUCUGUGGAUUGUUUGCGUGUGUGCAGUUUGCCUCCUCAUUCAUAGGUCCUGGAAACAAUACUGUAGCACGUAACUUGCUGUGUUACCAUUCUCAGAUGUUCAUUCAUAGAUGAUCAAAGACUGAAUUUAUAAAGAUACUUGUGACAAAAGGCAAUAAUAAUGAAAACAAAACAAGUGGAUUCAACUUCUGUCAGAACCUGCUUAUCCGGCAUCUUCAGUUGGGACCGUGCUGUGAGUCAGAGACUACCUGGAGUUGCUCGGUCUAGACCUGAGCGGGGCACCUCCUGACCUGCCCUUACAUGGAGCCAGCUGAGAAAUCUUAAAACAGACAUGAUGGUCAGGCUUAUUUCCAAGGGAUUAAAAAGAAUCAGAAGAACAUAAGAAGUGGAUUAAUUUAGAACUGAAACAGUGUCCAUAAUUUGGGAAAGCUCCAGAGAUAAGGAUUUCCAAGACCUCAAUAUCUUUCCAUGGCAAAGGAUGACCUCUUCAGAAAGGGUAUUUAAAAUGGCUCAAAACCAAGAGAUUCCUUAUUGGUGAUGAGAAGCUUGUUAUGCAUGCAUCUUGUGAUUAUAAGUUGUGAUUAUGAUAACCUUUGAUAGAACUCUUUUUAAAGAUUUCAGUUAGGGUGACGAGCACUGUCGAUUUUUGUAUCACACUGUGGCUGGGUGGUAUUUGACCUGCACGGGGCGCUGUGCUACACCUUUGGGGGACAAAAAACAGAAAAGAUUUUGGCCUAGAACUCACACGUCCUUCCACUCAGGCAUCCGUCACUGUCUAACUGAAAUUCCGCAGCCAAACGACUCAGGCCUGGGGAGCAGCAGCCGUUCCCGCCAAAGCGAUUUUAGAGACUGGUACCAACCCUCAGAAAAUGCUCUUGGUGGGCGUUAAGAACCAGGGAGAAGGCAAGCUGUAGACCGUGAUACAGAAAGGGCAGUGCUCCCAGCCCUGCUGCACGCGGCACCACUAAUUCGUACUCACAGAGGUUUUGUUUUGUCUCCUUCCCUCACUGUAUCUGUUCUCAAUGCUGGUUCUCUCACACCUGAUGACUUCUCUCACAUGGUCACCCUGGGUGUUCCUGGGAAGUUUUGUUCACCGUGGGCGGCCUGAGCCUCUGGAUCUUCACUUGGGCAUGUUCCUGCCCACCUUGCUUCACCAGGCAACCGCAGAGCAGCAGGAGCGCUUCUUCAUGCCUGCCUGGAACUUGGAGAUCAUUGGCACUUAUGCCCAGACAGAGAUGGGUCAUGGGACUCAUCUUCGAGGCUUGGAAACCACAGCCACGUACGAUCCCGAAACCCAGGAAUUCAUUCUCAACAGCCCAACUGUGACCUCCAUUAAGUGGUGGCCUGGUGGACUUGGGAAGACUUCAAAUCAUGCCAUCGUUCUGGCCCAGCUCUUCACGAAGGGGAAAUGCUAUGGGCUGCAUGCCUUCAUUGUCCCCCUCCGUGAGAUGGGGACCCACAAGCCUCUGCCAGGUAUCACUGUUGGAGACAUUGGCCCCAAAUUUGGCUAUGAUGAGAUGGACAAUGGCUACCUGAAGAUGGACAACUACCGGAUCCCCAGAGAGAACAUGCUGAUGAAGUAUGCCCAGGUGAAGCCGGACGGCACCUACGUGAAGCCCGUGAGUAACAAGCUGACCUACGGGACCAUGGUGUUCGUUAGGUCCUUCCUUGUGGGCGAGGCCGCACGUGCUCUGUCUAAGGCAUGCACCAUCGCCAUCCGGUACAGCGCCGUGCGCCACCAGUCGGAGAUCACACCGGGUGAGCCCGAACCACAGAUUUUGGAUUUUCAGACCCAGCAGUAUAAGCUCUUCCCGCUCCUGGCCAACGCAUAUGCUUUCCAGUUCGUAGGCGCUUACAUGAAGGAGACUUACCAUCGGAUCAAUGAAGAUAUUGGCCAGGGGGACCUGAGCGAGCUGCCCGAGCUCCACGCCCUCACCGCCGGGCUCAAGGCUUUCACCUCCUGGACCACCAAUGCGGCCAUCGAGGCAUGCCGGAUGGCUUGUGGGGGACACGGCUAUUCCCAUUGCAGUGGCCUCCCCAACAUUUACGUCAACUUCACCCCAACGUGCACCUUUGAGGGCGAGAACACAGUCAUGAUGCUCCAGACGGCCAGGUUCCUGAUGAAAAGCUACGACCAGGUGCACUCAGGAAAGUUGGUGUGUGGCAUGGUAUCCUACCUGAACGACCUGCCCAGUCAGCGCAUUCAGCCCCAGCAGGUGGCCGUCUGGCCCAGCACGGUGGAUAUCAACAGCCCUGACAGCCUCGCCGAAGCAUACAGGCUCCGCGCCGCCAGAUUGGUAGAAGUUGCUGCAAAAAACCUCCAAGCUGAAGUAAGUCGCAGAAAAAGCAAGGAGGCAGCUUGGAACCUCACUUCCGUCGACCUUGUGCGAGCAAGUGAGGCACACUGCCACUUUGUGGUCGUUAAGCUCUUUGCAGAACAACUCCACAAAAUUCAAGACGAGUCCGUUCAAGCUGCCCUACGGAAUCUGUGCCUUCUGUAUUCUCUGCAUGGAAUCAGUCAGAAGGCUGGGGACUUUCUUCAGGGGAGCAUCUUGACGGAGUCACAGGUCUCCCAAGUGGACCAGCGGAUCAAGGAGCUCCUGAUGGCCAUCCGCCCGGACGCCGUCGCCCUGGUGGAUGCCUUUGACUUCCAGGACCUGACGCUCGGCUCCAUCCUUGGCCGCUACGAUGGGAAUGUCUACGAAAACUUGUUUGAGUGGGCCAAAAAAUCCCCGCUAAACAAAACAGAGGUCCAUGAUUCCUACCACAAGCACCUGAAGCCCCUGCAGUCCAAGCUGUGAUUCCAGAGCGCCUCGUGGCUGGGCCAGAUGGGCUCCAGGAGGUGGUCUUCACAAUGAAUUCCCAGAGCUGUAGAGCAAAUGAGAAACUGACCCUUUUAUUCCCUUAAUGAAUGAAAGCUGGGGGGAAAGAUUCACAAACUUCUGAGAUUUGGGUGGAAAAUGGAUGUGUUGUAAGUGCAAUUCACACUGAAAGAGACCCAUUAAGCGUUCAGACAAAGCUUUAAGAAACGCAGUGUGGCUUCCCUCUGUGAUGCUGCUGAUCUUGGUAGAUAAUCGAUUAACGGGAUGUAACUACUAAGUAGUUAAUAAUUUUCAGGUUUUAAUUACUACUAAUCACUGGAUAUAGGCGUGCUUUUAAGCAAAGGUAUUUUUAAAAUGGCAUCAAACCUUCCAGGCUUCCCUGCUCCCGCUAGAAGCGGGCCGUGAGGGAGACGCACACCCCCAGGAAGCACAGUGUAGUCUGUCUGCAGGCUUGCCUGCCUUUGCCCACAGCUUGCUCCCCCAUCUGACUAGUCAUGUAAUCAGGACUUGACCUUCCAUGCAAAGAAUCCAUAAGUUGUCAUUGCAGUAGCUCGACCACUUCCUCCCUUGUCCCCAACGUCUCAGGAAGGAGAAGGUAGCAAAGUCACCUUGACAUGGGGCCUCUGUCAUACUGCUCUGGCUCUCUUCCACCCCCCACCCCCCUGCCCUCGGGAGGCGCCUCCUGCUGAGAACAAGGAUAGGAAGAGCCCUUGGCCGAGGCACUGCAGCAACUCUGGUGACCUCAAUUGGUUAGAUUUUCUGGGACAAUUCAGAUUCCAAAUACUCUGUCAUCCAUAUGCCAUGGAAAUGCUUGAAGUAUUGGGAAUUAAAAACAAUAAAAGCCUUUCACCUCUUAACCCCCAGAAGUAGCACAAUAAGCCUUUCAAACCACAUUUUCUGGAAACUGAAAAAAGUAUAAAUGGAGGUUUCCAUAGCCUGGUUCUCAUUGUCUGUUUUAUCUGCUUUCAGUGUUUCUAGGGGCUUUAUCUGAAUGGCUAGUGUCCUUUCAUAUGAAAUCUAGUUGACACAAUCAUUCUCUAUUUCAAGGAGAGACCUCUUAAUGCAUUUUCCCCCUUAAAAUCAGUAACUCAACACAAAUCAUUCUGUGUAUUUUUUAACCUGUAGCUGCCCCAUCAAACUAGUUGUUCUUGAAUCAGUCUUGACAGAUAGUCUAAUUCAAUAGCAAUAUAAUUUCCUCAAUACCAUCCACUCUCCUCCUGGGACCUGACAUAAAAUCUAUACUCCAUUGCACCUGGUGAUACAAAGCCUUCCACUUACAGCAGAAGCACUGUGUGAACCCAAGCCUUGAUCUUUCCACCGGUAGAACUAGAACACACCCUGUCCUAACUCCUUUGGGGCAUCAUCAUCUGACAGUCAUUCAGGUUAUGGGAAAUAACAGCGAGUUCAUUUUAAGUUUCUGAACCUUGAGCUGUUCGACGCAGAAUUAUUUCAGACUGGUGAAAUACCGUAUGCACAGGUGACAUCUGUGGGCAAGACCUGAAGGUGAGGUGACACGUCUUCACCAGAGCUCUGGGCCCUUCUGAAGAUGUUGACAGCACGGCUGCCUUCAAUCCCAUGCUUGGAGUUUUCUUCCCACAUUAAUCUGAUAAUUUAACACUUUUCCUUAAGAUUGGAAUGUUUGUACUGAACUUCUCAUUGUAAUCAGAAAAAUAAAAGACUAAAAUAUCA